GCGACACGGACUUGUUGGAUUCCCGUUCUUACUCUCUAAACCUUAGCUCUAUAUUUCUGAGACUCUGGAAAUGUUGUUUACCAGGACCCUACGACUGUCUAAUGUUGGACUUGUCGAAUUACUCACAAAAGACUUUGUAAAAUGUAGCGCAGCCAGAGUCUCGUGGACGUCGUUCAGUUUAUCAUCGCGAAUUCACAUCGCGAGUCGCGAGUUAAUCGCACCUGCCGCCGCAGAUCCACCUGCCAGAAAAAUGAAAAACAGAGAUCUGUUCUCUGGACUGGAGGACAUGCUUUUCUACACUAUUACUGAAGGAGCCGAGAAAGUUCCUGUAUCUCAAUUCAUUGCUGUUGUGAAAAGCACUGGGCUUCUGACCUCUGACCCAAGACUGCGCGACUGCAUGGAGAAGAUUCGUCAAACCAUCCGGGAAUCGGCCAGUGAAGUCAUGAUGGAUCGUGAGUUGUUCCGAAAGUGUGCGGGUGGCAACAUUGUUCUACUGAGUCUCGCUUUCAGACGGAAGUUUAUCAUUCCCGAGUUUGAGGCAUUUGUGAGAAUCAUCGACCAAAUUUACCAACGAACAAAGCUGCAGGACAACGGGCAGGUUACAAAAUACAUUCCCCAUCUCACCAAGUUUAGUCCUGAUCUUUGGGCCGUCUCUCUCUGCACAGUGGAUGGUCAAAGGCACUCAAUUGGAGACACAAAGGUGCCGUUUUGCUUGCAGUCGUGCGUAAAGCCACUGGAAUACGCCAUCGCUGUGCACGAACACGGUACAGAACAGGUGCACCGUUAUGUGGGAAAGGAGCCUAGUGGAUUCACAUUCAACAAGCUCUCUCUGGGCGAGGACGAUAAACCUCACAACCCUAUGGUCAAUGCUGGAGCGAUUGUCAUCAGUUCACUUAUCAAGCCUGGUGCCAACAAGGCGGAGAAGUUUGACUAUGUGAUGGAUUUUGUAAAGAAAAUGACAGGCAGCGAGUAUGUGGGCUUCAGUAAUGCAACGUUCCAGUCAGAGAAGGAGACCGGAGACAGAAACUUUGCCAUAGGAUACUACUUAAAAGAAAAGAAGUGUUUUCCUGCUGGAGCCGAUAUGAUAGAUGCACUGGACUUUUACUUCCAGCUGUGCUCCAUAGAAGUCACCUGCGAGUCCGGCAGUGUGAUGGCCGCUACACUGGCUAACGGAGGCAUCUGUCCAAUUACAGGAGAGAUAGUUCUGAGCGCCGAGGCCGUACGGAACACACUCAGUCUCAUGCAUUCCUGUGGGAUGUACGACUUCUCCGGACAGUUCGCUUUUCAUGUGGGCUUACCUGCUAAAUCAGGUGUGUCCGGUGCCGUGCUGCUGGUGGUGCCAAACGUGAUGGGCGUCAUGUGUUGGUCGCCCCCUCUGGACAAAAUUGGAAACAGCGUCCGUGGAAUCAACUUCUGUCAGGAGCUGGUAUCUUUGUUCAACUUCCACAAUUACGACAAUCUGAGGCACUUUGUAAAGAAGCAGGACCCUCGCAGACAGUCUGGGGAUGACAGGAACAAGUCUGUAGUGAAUCUGAUGUUUGCAGCUCACAGUGGAGACGUCUCAGCACUGAGGAGGUUUGCUCUCUCAUCCAUGAAUAUGGAGCUGAAGGACUACGACUCUCGUACACCUCUCCAUGUAGCUGCUGCAGAGGGUCACAUGGAUGUUGUGUUAUUUCUGACACAGGUCUGCAGAGUCAACCCUUUUGUUAAAGACCGGUGGGGAAACAUUCCUCGAGAUGAUGCCAUGCAGUUUGGAUACAAGGACGUGGUGAAGAUCUUGCAGGAAUAUGAACAGAACUGCUGUCAAUUCGCUUCUCAGACUGAUGCAGACAACCUCAACCGCCAAUCAUAGAUUCCAAAUCACCCCCGCCCACCCCCCCAAUAAUCAAAACAAGCAAGUACAAACCCCCCUCCCCCCCAAAAGAACAUGUAAAUUCUUCACACUGUAACCCCCACAAUGUUCACGGCCCAAUCCAAAUGAUCUUCUCUGAAGGGAACAGUUUGAUCUGCUGUAGUUUUUACAGACUUAAAUACAGUUCCUUAGAACUGAAGAUCAAGCCAUCAUGUGUACUAAGAAUAAGGGCACAUUUAUGGAAUGGAGAGAAAAUGGUCUCUGUUUUUUUUUUUUUUAUUUUCAUGUAAAUAUGACAUUUUUUGUAAACAACUUGUGUUAUGUAUGUGUUUUAGCUUGACAGCAUUAACCUGAAUGAAAAUCUGGAUGUCUUGUCUAUACAGUAUA